CGCGCGGCCAGGUGUGUGAAGGCAGAUGCACGUGAACCAUCGUGAUGGCCGCGAGCGGAGACGUGAGGAAGAAAAUCAUGCUGUUCAAACUUCAGCUCUCAGACACACCAGAGCCUGCUACGGUUCUAAAAAUCUUGGAGAAGCUGAAGAAGCUGGAUAUCACCUUAGACGUUCUUGUUGAAACUGGAAUUGGCAAAGCGGUUAAUUCCUUGCGCAAACAUAAAGAAGCUGGAGAGAUUGCCAAGUCGCUGGUUACAGGUUGGAAGAAAUUGAUGUUGAAGGACUCCACAAGACAUGCUGAUGAGGAGUUUUCAGGCAGUGUUCCUGUGAAAGAGAAACUGAAUGAUCAAAGAUCUACAAUGAAUAGAGAUUUGGAGAAUGACAUUAACAAUAAUUGUUUAACAUCGAAUGGAAAGAAUCAAGAUUCAUCUGACGAGAACAGGAAAAUGGAUUCAGACAAAGCACAGCGUGAAGAGCGCAAAAGAAAAAAGCGUGAGAACAAGAAUGCUGAAAAACCCAAGCAAGAAAAUGAAAAGGUUCCUCAGGACAUAACGAAAACAGAGGAAAUCCGGGCAUGCAAAAUUGAAAACUCUGCUGUGUCGAAGAAGAAGAAAAAGUGCGACCAGACUGAGAGAAAAUCAGGAGAUCGUGAAACUUCCAAUGGAAACAAAGAACUAGAAGACCCUCAAAAGUCCAACGUUGAUUCCAGAAAGAAGUUAAAAGGCACAUAUGAAAGUCAAAGAUCACAGAAGGAAUCUAAGUUUUCAAAAGAAUCGGCACAGAAAGAAACGGAACCUUUUCAGUUCGGUGACAAACCACCAAAAACAUCCAAAGGGACCAAAGAUGACGGAUCACCAGGAACGUCAAGGAAUCUGGGAACCCCAAAAUGCAAAAGAAAACAAUCGAAUGCUGAAAAACAUGACACUCUCAAAUACAGAGCAGAGUGUGAUGGUAAAAAGCGCUCGGAUCAUAAAAAGUCCAAAAAAAAUCCCCCUGAAAGUGAGAGUGAUCAUCAGGAAUCUUCCAUGUCGUUUGAAUCUUUCUUGAACUAUGACCAGAAUGUUUUCAAGAUCAAAAAGUCCACGGGGAAGAAACCAGCCAAAAAACCAGCCAAAAGAGACGUCGGUCAGCAAAAGGUAAAGGAUCCUGUUGAGGAUAAUAUCAAGUCACCUGUCGUCUCGCCGAAACAGAACUUUCAGUUGACUAUGAUGCACUUGAAGGAUGUUCCCUUACCUGCUGCUCUGCCUGAGUGUGACAACCCAUUCACCGUGGACUACUUUGAAAGGAAAGUUGAGAAGGAGUCCGACAUCUGUGAGGCCUCCGAGGACUCCACUGUCUUCACUGGUCAACGACUCCACAAGAAGAUGCAGGUGUACUCUGGUGCCAAGGCUGCUUUCCUCCCGGCCAUGAUGAGCUUGUACCAGCAGUGUAUCCGCACGCUUCAGAACAAUAUCAACCUGCUUCAUGAAACCGGUGGAGUCCCAUUUGAAAUCCUGGAGCCGGUGUUGGAGAGGUGCACUCCGGAGCAGCUGCUGCACAUCGAAGAAUGCAACCCAGGCUACAUUGGAGUUACCGACCACUUAUGGGGAAAACACUGUCAGAGGGACUUUAAAGACUCCAAACUUCAAGAGUAUGAAUCAUGGAAGGAGAUGUACGUCCGGCUGUCUAAGGAAAGGGAAAUGAAACUGAAGAGACUUACAAAAACCAUCGUCUCAGCACAAUCGAGGAAACCUCAAGGUCGUCAGUUGAAGAUGGCGUUUAUUCACACCGUCGCCAAGCCACCCAGAGACGUGCGAAUUCAGCAGGAACUUCAUGGAACUGCAGUUCAGCAGCCUCAUCAGCCCAAGUGCAGUGUCAAGGCACAGGAGAACCGAUCAAGGCUGAAUUGCAGUGAGCCCAGCAGCAGCACCAGCAGCUGCUCAGGGGCAAGCGGUUCACAAGAUCCUCGGAAAAAAAUGAGAAUGGCUCCAAUGAUGGCCAAGUCCUUAAAGGCAUUCAAGAAACAGCUACAGCGCAGAUAG